GCUGGGUCCCCGCCACUCAUCCCUUCAGCACCAUGGAGAGCUCCCGACUGCUGGCUUUGCUGGGCGCCGCCUUGGUGCUCCUGACCGGCGCCGCCCGGGGCCAAGAGGAGGGCGAGCUCCAGCCCAGAGCCGUGGAUCUCUACUCCGCCGUGGAAGACACCUCCCGGGAGAAGGAGCUGAUUGAGGCGCUCCAAGAAGUCCUGGAGAAGCUCAAAAGCAAACGGCUUCCUUUGUAUGAGAAGAAGUACGGCCAAGUCCCCAUGUGUGAUGCCGGAGAGCAGUGUGCACUGAGAAAAGGAGCCAGGAUUGGGAAGCUCUGUGACUGCCCCAGAGGAACCUCUUGUAACACUUUCCUCCUGAAAUGUUUGUAAGGAAACCCUCCUGUCGAACCGUUGGAGAACAGAGAAAGAACCAGUUGCUUUGCUUGAAGAAUUUUGCUUGUGACACCAAGUAAAAUUGUGUGUUUUGGGGGUGUAGAAUGGUCUCCCCAACAGCAAACAAAGGAAAAAUAGGGGAAGAAAAGCAGUUAUAAAAUGCAACUGUUGCUUUUUGGAUGUCUGAUAUUUUUGGCACCACCACGUUUUUCUCCAUCUCACCAAUUGAAUUUCUUCUUUCACUCUAUGCUCCUUUUUCCAUUUCAUGUGUACCUUCUGUAGAGAUAGUGGACUGAUUUUUUGAAAACUGUAUUUUUGUAAGUGGAAGGUCAUUAUGAAAAUUAGAUUGAGGCAGGAUACAUUGAUUCAUCUGUCUUAUUUCACAGUCAAUGAUGUGAAAGAGAGGACAAAUGGAAGGGCACAGCAUACUAAAUAGAAAAGGGCACCCCUCAUAUGUUCAUUUCUCACCUGUGAAAAAUAUGUAAUGUACGUAAGUAAACAUUGGCACUGUUUUCUAAUGUCCUUCUGCCAGUUCUUUUGUCUCUGCUUUGUAGAAAUUUCAAAGUGUAUCAUGUUCCCCUUUGGAAAGCCAACUGGUAGAAUCAAUAGCAAUGGGAGCGAUUUGUAUACUGCAUGUUAGGAUUAAUGGAAGUGACAAAUGGAGUCUAAAAAUACCUUUACAAGACAUAAAUAUUCCCAUUUCAAAAGGCAAUGAUAUGUAUUAUGUAGUCAGUUGUCAAGACAGUGAUUGAGUAGUGUGAAAACUUCAAGAAAGGCAUCUAGGUUGUUCAUUCGUACCUUCUCAUCUAUAUAUGCGCUGCUUUUGUGUCUGCUUCUUGGCUACAGAUGUAGGUGGUCUGAAAGCAGUUUUAGAUUGACGUCAUGUCUGGAUGAGCUAGAGAAUGUUUUUAAAAAGCUGAAAUAAUUGGAAGGGUUUUAAAUUAAAAAAAAACCAAAGUCAAAUUAAGCUUUCAGGGAACCAGAAAAAGAAGAGAGGAUUAUUUUGCUACUUAUCUUCUUUUCAUUAUCUAAUUGCCCCCUUGGCAUAUUGCAGUUCUACUGUGAUGAUGAUAUCAUUUUGGUUUUGGAUUUAACCAAUCAUUCUAUUAGAAGGAAAAGCACUCUAAUGACACGAAAAAAAUAAUAUUUGGCCAUUGUCCAGAAGGGGUUGUUUUAAAGACCCAGUGCAGCUAAUCAGUGCAAACAACUCAUCCAGUCUAUUGAUCUCUGUGUCAAACUUUGGCAAAGGACUGAAGUUGUCACGCCAAGUGUCAGAAGUGCCAAGUAGUUCACAUGGCAGCAUGAAGAGCCGCAGCAUUUAAACAGUGCAAAAUCUUAUGAAAUACAGGCAAUUUUGUUGAUACUUGCCAUACUUUUGGUGUUUUCACUAAGGAACCUGACACACAGCAUGUCCCUAGGGCUAGGAAUAGUGCAACUCCACAUGUGUCGUUGAACUGCAACUCCCAGCAUCUCUAGACAGCACAAUUGUGAACACUACUGGGAGAUGCAGUUGAAUAACAUCUGGAGGGCCUCACAAUUCUCAUUGUUGCCUUAGAUAGAGAGAACCUCUGUCCUGACACUUGCAUAACUAUAAUUCUCAUUUCUGUUUAUGCAUACAAUGCUCCCCCUGUAGAACACAGAGGUGCAUUUUAUUAUUGAGAUAAGUGGGAAUAUUAUGUGUGAAGUAGAUGUAAGUAUGGCUCAAAUGGUCGGAAUUUGAAACAGAUCACCUAUGUACUUUUGUAAUAAACAAUGCACAAAUUAUGCAUCUAAAUGUUUUUCAAUAAUGUCCCAUUGUCUUUAAAACUUGUAUUUAUUGUUAAUAAAAUCAUUGCUACAAGA